AUGUUGCGCAAGCUAUAUGAUGAAGAAGAUAUAGAGGAAGAGAAAAUUGAAAAAGAUGAGGAAGAAGAUUCCGGUCCCAUCUACGACACCGAUGGAGAAGGGGAAUUUUGUGAAAGAAUAAAUUUCUUGGUUGAAGAGGAAUUUAUUGAAGAAAUUGAAGAAGGAACUAAUUUUGUGAUCGGAGAUGACAUUGUUGAGGCAAUUGUGGAAGAAAUCAAUUUUGUUGAUAUGCACAAAAUUGUUGAAGAAAUGGUGAUUUUUGUUGAACAACUAAAAUCAUUCCGAGAGAUCACAACCUUGAGAACCAAUGACUGCCUUAGUGACAAGAAGAAGUACGGUGAGAGGUUGGAUUUUGCUAAUUAUGAUCUUGAUAGUGAUGUUUUUGGGCCGAGUUCAUGGGAAUGUAUGGAAGUGGUUUUUCAUCCACAAAUGGAAGAUACGAUUAGGAUUGAAUUUGGCGAGUUAUUUGAGUUAUUUGAAGAAGAACAUGUUUGUUGUCCAAAAAUGUUGCGCAAGCUAUAUGAUGAAGAAGAUAUAGAGGAAGAGAAAAUUGAAAAAGAUGAGGAAGAAGAUUCCGGUCCCAUCUACGACACCGAUGGAGAAGGGGAAUUUUGUGAAAGAAUAAAUUUCUUGGUUGAAGAGGAAUUUAUUGAAGAAAUUGAAGAAGGAACUAAUUUUGUGAUCGGAGAUGAAUUGUUGAGGCAAUUGUGGAAGAAAUCAAUUUUGUUGAUAUGCACAAAAUUGUUGAAGAAAUGGUGA